CAACGAAAGGAGAUCACGUGAUUUUGUGAUUUACCAAAAUGGCCGCCGAAGUUUUACCAAAAUAUCUUCAGCUGUCACAGAGGGUUAUUCGCAUAUUAGGUUGCAAUCCAGGACCAGCUACACUGCAAGGCACAAAUACUUAUCUUGUUGGAACUGGGAAAAGGAGAAUUCUUGUAGAUACUGGAGAAGUUGACAACAAGGAAUACCUAGAUUUGGUGAAGUCAUCACUGGAACAACAGAAUGUUGAACUGCAAGAGAUCAUCCUCACCCACUGGCACCACGACCAUGUCGGAGGGGUUGAUGGAAUCUGCCGCUUAUUUGGACAAAAGUUCAGGACAUCAAAGCUGAAGCGUCUGUCAAUGGCAGACAUGAAGCUUUCGGAGACAUCGUAUACCUUCAUCUCAGACAAGCAAGUCUUCAAGACAGAAGGAGCUACACUACAAGUUCAUCAUGGCCCGGGCCACUCGGAAGAUCACAUCGUACUUAAGCUGGAGGAAGAGGAGGCUGUUUUUUCAGGGGACACAAUCCUCGGAGGAUCUACCGCUGUGAUUGAGGACCUCCAGGAGUACAUGAAGACUCUCCAUCAGCUCCUGGACCUUGACCCUAAGGUCAUCUACCCCGGUCAUGGCCCUGUGGUGGCUAAGCCAAAAGAAGUUCUGGCAUACUACAUCAAGCAUCGGCACGACAGAGAGCAGCAGAUUGUUCAGUAUUUGAAGGACAACAGAGGGAAACCGUCAACAGCGAUGGAUAUUGUCAAAGUGGUGUACAAGGGCGUUCCAGAAAAUGUACACCUGAUGGCGGCCAACAACGUCACUCUUCACCUAAAGAAGUUACAGAAGGAAAAUGUGACGGUCUCAGAAGAUGACAAGAUUUGGAGGUUGGCAUCUGAGAGUCGAAUGUAAUUUUACCUAGUUCUGUUGAUUGCUACAAACUGAGAUCUGAUGUUAUCAAAUGCACUGAAUAACAAGCUACCCCAGAGGCCUAUGAUUAUUUAUCUAGAGUCUAUUCAUAAAUACGUGCCCAACCUUGAACAGCAAUAUGUCACUAACUGUUUGGCUGAAUUUGCUGACUUUUUGCACUGCAUAAAAAAUUUAUGUUACUGAGCUAAAGAUUUUGUACAAUUGAAUAUGUACAAAAUGACAUAGUUUGCAAUUUACAGUAGCGCUUCUUUAUGACUAUAUUAAGCAGUGAAGUUAUAUGUAUGUGAAUUAUUUAUAACUCACAGUAUAGAAAGUUAAAGCCAUUAAUUGGUGUAGGCUUUUUUGCAUACUCUAGGAGCACCAGUUUUAAAGUACUUUUUGGAAUUUUCAAAAUGCUGAUAGCUUUAGAUUUGACAUGUGUUGUUUAUUUUGGGGACUUUUUUUUUUUGCUGUUCGAGGUCAUUUCUUUUGCAUGCAAUGUUUACAUUUUGUUUUUGAGGACAAUCAGCAAGAUUAACACAUGUAGAAUGAUUUUACAUUGUAUGGCUGUUAUCAAGACAAUGUGCCCUCAACUGCGUCUGAGUGUGCCUCUUUGAUACUGAGUUGCUUUAUGUAGAUUUUGAGCCAUAGUUACUAAAAAAAGUGUGGUGAAAGCCUCGUGUUCAUUUUAUAAACUGUUGACGGCUGAGAAGAUCAGCUGACAGUGAAAUUUGCAGCCACUGAAGGAAUCCCAUUUUUUUAGGGGAAAAACUGAUUGAGAUCAGUGAAGUAUCUUCUAUUCGUUGAAUAUGUCAAUGAGCAAACUUAGAUUCACGGAAGUUAGCUUGCAGAGCAAAAGCCUCCUGGAAAAAAAGGAGGGUUGACACCACUUAUCAGUUCAAAAUUUUGAAAGACUAUUCAAAAUUUGUCUCAAAGCCAAGAAAUGCGUGUCAUAAAAACACGAACUAUUGAAAAUACUGAUCCAAUCACCCUCAAAAAAUCAAAAUAUUCUCUUUAUUGAUUGAAAAGUAAAUUUCACUAGUGUUAUCUUGUUUUCCUGUGAUAAAUCCGGUUUUGAUAACUGUCUGUCUGUGUUAUUUCAAAAUAACGGUAUUUAGAGGCCUCUGUUGGAGAGUUCCUCUGUUAUUCUCAUCCGGUGUCUAAGUGAAAUGGUAUUCUCUGCAAUAAGAUAUCAUCAGUGUAUUUUUGUCUGUCUGAAUGUGGAACACAUACAGAUGUUUUUGCUGCUUUUAUACUUCCAAUUCCAUAGCGACAGUUCGGUGUUUAAGGCUCUGAUGUACCUUGUUUAAAAAAGUGACAUAUGACGGAGUCUUACACGGAGCAGUCGAUGUCACGCCGUAUCUGGUGCUCAUGUAUAAAAUUUAUACAAAUUUUAUACUGUGAAACUUGUCUAAGAUGGCCACCCAUCGCCUGGGAGAAAAGUGACCGUCUUAGAUGGUGGACGUCUUACACAGUGUCAGUAUAAUGGAAAAAACGCUCAAGGGGGGGGGGAGAUAGGAAGUGACCACUUGCACAAGUGAUUGUCUUGUACAUCUAGGUGGCCAUUAGAGCAGGUUCAGCUGUACAGUUGAACCCACACUAAGGACCACCUGCCUAACAAUCACCAGUACAGAUGACCGUUUUCCCUCCCUUGCAAUUUUACUAUAUGGUCCAUUACCAAAAACUCUGCCACUUUGGGUGCCUUAGCCAUUUCCAUGAUUUGGUGUGUCAUGAUACCAAGGAAAUCGGUCAUUAUUUAACUUAAGGGAGAAAUGACACAUCUAAGAGGAGGUGCCUCGAGAAAAUGAAAAUUUCGUUAUCAAUGCUAAAAAAUCAUAAUCAAUGCAAAAAAAAAUAGAUGAAAAUAGAUCCAUAAAUCCAGGCACGACAAGGAGGGUCCAGGGGAAUCCUCAUACUCAGAUAAAUUACCGUCAUUUGACACUGUCUUUUUUUAACACUAGAUAUUCUCAUCAAAAUAAUCUGUGAUUGCGAGCAGACUCAGAAUUUGCUUGUUCCACACAGUCAUUUAACCCACGUUAAUUUUGUUAUCUUUCUUACAGUUUUCUUGGUAUACAUCUCGGUGUUCUUUUUGAGGCCAUGUUUUUUUAACUUGUGAAACAUUAUUUGAAUGGUUGUUUACCAUGGGGAUUUAAAAAAUCAUGCAUUUGAUUUGAGUUUCCCAGCUCAUUUUUUUACUUGCAAUAUUUCUAAAAGCGGCUUUGCCUCCACCGAACCUUAGCGUUGAAAGGGGUGUCAAACCUAUACGAUGACCACUAAGAAGAAUGAAAGCCUUCUCCUGUGAACUUGGUGACGUCAGUAGCCUAAUCUGUAAUUGGGAGAUUGCGGGUUUGGAGGUUCGAGCCACAGUUAGGUCCGAUAUUGUGUCCUUGGGAAGGGCACUUUACACAAAUUUCUUAUUACUAUUAGUAUUUGGCUAGGUUCUUUUGGAGAUGGGACGUUAAACUCAGAAUCCCCACCUCUUAAAUAACCUGACAGUUUUAUUGGGGCAUCAAACCUAUACCAGUGCAUUUUUUCUUGUCAACUUGACUUUACACUGAUUUCAUUGCCUUCUUUUAGAAAAAUUUUGGAUGUUAAUUAUGUACAGUAUAAAUAGUCCUUAUGUUUCAUGUAUGCAUAUUCUCUUGUUAGAGCCAAGGCUCACUUUCACUUUCUAACUCUGAUAUUUUGUUACAGUUACAGUGUAGUAAGUGUAAGUGAUGUGUUCACCCGGUGAGUGACUGUUGUAGUCAGUGCUUGGGUAUCUUUCACAGGAUCUAGUCUCCUUAUAUUUGAAGUAUAACAUUCUGGUUAGGAAUUUUUUCAAGAAUUUGUUUAGAAAGAAAGAGGAUAGGGUAUCCUAUGUGUGUCCUUAUUCCGUUGCCUUUUUAACAAGGUUUUAGAGUUCCGGCGAAGGAUGAGAAUGAGAGUUUGAAAGUGAAAUGCUCAGUUAGGAGUGGUUGAAUAAGAUUGAUAAUCAGAAAUUCACUAAGAUAAUUUUUUUGUCAUGUUGGUGGUCAAGUUAAUCAGACUGCCAUGUAUACUGUUGAAUAAAUCCGUUGAACCAGU